CUUUAAAUACAAAAAUUCGGUUUUAUGCGAUCGAUAUCACUGGUAGACUGAAUAAAAGCGAUGGCAUCGCAUAUAUCAUUUCAGUGAGUUGAGCUGAGACUACGUGUAUCGAGACGUUAAGAUAACUGAUAGACCACAGUUAUUUUAUGUUCACCCUAUGCGGCAUAUGCGUUGAUUUCAUAACGACAGACACUUCAAUUUGGCGUGUACAUCGAGCGGCAUCGACGUCAAAGUACUCAAAAUCGUUUGUGCGCUAUUAGACUUUUGCUUUUUUUUCCGAUAAUACUCGAUAAUGGAACCCGAACAACCUAAGAAAAUCCUGAUCGCACCAAAAGUCUCGGUCGAAGAGGCUUCAGGCAUGUCACUCGAGGAAUACAUUUCUGCAGCUGGCAUUAAGGCCCCGUCAUUGGUGAAAAGAGAUAGAAACAGAAGAAGAAACAACCAAAAUUUUGAAUCCAACACGUCGAUGGACAUAGAUGAGUCCAUGCCUGAUGCAUCAUCACUUCAAUGGAGAUUGAAAGACCCAAACCGGCCGGUUGGCAUGGCUCCAUUGAUCCCAGCCGCUGCCAGACAGAAGGAACGUUUGGGCAACAGCCAAUACCGGAACCGUCGGUACUUUGACAAGCCAUACGCAGACCGUGACAUACCGAACGGAUUUAAUCGCAACAACCAGUCGAAAUUCAAGAAAAAUGGAAUGCGAUCGAAUGCGAAUUGUCAAGCGGGACUACGCAAUGCAGCCCAUGGAAUUUGCAACGCUCUCGUGCCAUACCAUCAGAACAAUUCGAUUGCCACUAUCAAUAAGAUAUCCGAGAACGUUGUCGGUCUGGUUGCUCCGUUAAUUUCAAAUUCGAAUUUCGAGAACGUGUUCAACAAGCUGUUGGAGAAAUGGGAGCAAAAGAAACAAUCAACUCCGAAAUACAAUAUGGCUAUGCAGAAGGAAAUCUCCGAAUUGCAGGGAAAGACUCUUACUUUCACAUGCUCUUCUGGACUGACCACUCCCGUCGUUGUGACCCAAGACGGCCAAGGUGUUGACGAUUGUCAGAUAAAUCCUAUGACAACGGAAACUAGUAUGAACCAGCGGUUUGCUUAGAUUUGCAAACGGACGAAUUGAUUAGAAUAAACACGUUUUUCUGCGAAAAACACUUUGAAUUUUUUUGAUUUCAUUUUUGAAUUAUGAAUAAAAUAAUGUUCCGUAUGGUAAUGACAAA